AUGAGUACCUACUCCUCCUCCUCCGGUACAUAUUACGAGCUCGAAAUGUCUGGGAAGACCAUUCCCAUGCAGAGCACCGUCGUUGUUAUCAGGAAUGACGGCGAUGAGCCCAGUAUCCUGGAGGGAGAAGAUGCGGUGGACAGUCACAGCCCCAAGAACUGGAGCCCAUGGAAGAAAAGACUACUAUUUCUGGCGUUGAUGUCGAGUUCCAUCCUCGCUGACGGUGGCAUGACUUGGGGCGCAACCCUGGUGGUUCCCCAAGCGUUCGAGUGGAACACAUCCAUCAACCAUUCAGCGACUUCUCUCAACUACGGAAUCUUAUUGCAGGGCUUUGGUGGUAUUAUUGCGGUGCCAUUCAUCGACGCUUAUGGCCGUCUUCCGGUCUGGCUAUACCCACAGAUCAUCACUCUCGGGGUCGUCCUCGGAUGCGUCUACGCGCAGUCAUGGUCCGUCUUCACCGCGCUACGCGCCCUACAAGGUCUCUUCGGCACAGUGCCCCAAGUGAUCGGCCUACCCAUCAUCCACGACAUGUACAGCCCCGACGAAUGGCCUCGGUACAUCAACAUCUGGGGCACGACGUUCCUUGUCGGGCCAUUCCUCUUCCCCGCCCUGGCUGGCUACAUCCUGGACGGCUCGGACUCGUGGCGCGACUGCUUCAAGGUCCUGACGGGCUUCUACGGCUUCUCGACGCUCCUGAUCCUCGCGUUCGGGUACGAAACAUUCUACAACGGGGCCACCUCCACACAGUCCAACAGCAGCAGGAGAAUCAAAUCCUUCUUCGGCGUCGGCAACACUAACCUGCCCAAAUCGUCUACACUGGCCGCCUCGACUCUCAACCUCAUCAAACUGACAUUCACGCCCCCGAUCCUGCUCGUCGGCUUGUCGACAAUGAUCAACUUCACCUGGCCGAUCGGCAUAACCACCACAGUCGACUCAUUCGUCCGCGCGCCACCUUACCUAUUCGACGACGUCGAGGACGCCUCCAUCCGCUUCGCCGGCGUCAUCGGCGCCCUUUUAGGCUUCUGCUUCGGCUACUUCUUCAACGAGUGGAUCUACAAUGGCUCCAAUGGCAGCCGCAAGGCCCACUGGCGCAGCGAGUACCGCCUGCACGGCGUGUGGUUUCCCAUAGGGAGCAUGGUGUGCGGUCUGCUGACAUACGGCCUCACGCUACAUUACGGCAAGAGCUGGGUGGGUUUGGCGUUCGGGUGGAUCAUGGUCAAUAUCGGGCUGGUGGGGAGUAUGGUGGCCAUCACGGCGUACGUGCUCGAGAAACACCCGCAACAUUCAGCCGUCGUAUCGGCCAUUAUCAACAUGUGGAGAACGUGUGGCGGGUUCGCUGUCGGGUAUUUCCAGCCCAGUUGGAUCCAGAGGGAUGGUAUCGCGGCCGUAUUUGCCACCCAGGCGGCCGUCGUGGCUGUGUGUGCCGUGCUUUUGAUUGGGUCGACCAUCUGGUUGGGCAGGAGGACGGCCAGGGGGAAGGUCGGAUCGGAGAGUACUGUCGGAGCUUGA